AAAGCGACUGAGAGUAAAAUACAAAUUUUAUUUUUUACUAUGUUAUUUCUAAAGACCGUAAUACUAAGUCAGUCACGGCAUCAGUUUCUUGUUAUAUAUUUGUAUACUUAUUAAUUUGUAUAAUUUACAUAUUUAUAAAUUACAUCUAAUUACUAUUUUAUUAUGUAAAAACGCAUAGAACACGAAUUAAAAAUAAUAACUUCUCUAUUGUUAACAUAAGAUAAUCAUAUGAAGUAAAUAAAAUUUAUAGAUAUCACUUUGUUUAAUAAUUAUGGAACGACAUGCAGUCCAAAAAGGUUUUAUAACGCUCAAACCUCUUUGUGAUUCGUUAAUCAAAGAUCCGAGUAUAAAAUGUGCGUCGCAAAUCAUAGAUUGUAUAAAAACAAUCUCAGAUGGUAUUAUUCAAGAUUUACUUGAUUAUAUUCUGUUCCCUGUAAUUAUUCAUUUACAAAAUGAGGAUGUCAGUAAACAUUCAAAGGAACAUUUAGUGAAGAUCAUAAGAACUGUUCUAUCAAAAGCCAGGAUUACAAAUUUUAAAUCUUUUAAUAAAUUAUACACUGUCAUUUUAUCUCAAAUUUAUGAUAAAAAUCAAUCACAAAGGAUUAUUUCUUCACAUGAAGAAUUAAAAGAAACAGUACUUCUCUGUCUUCAAGAUUUAUUAAAUCGCUGUUUUACGAAUGUUAUUGAAGAAUUAUAUACACGACAAUAUGCACCUACACUUGCUCAUGGUAUAUAUUUAUGUGUAUUAAUAGCUAAAUAUGAAAAGUCACGUUACCUGAGGUUAAUAGCCAUCGAAACAAUAAUGACCUUGUGCUAUGUAGAUGAUUCUUCAGAUAAGUCUGAUAUUGUUUUGACAAACCAAAUAGCAGACACAAUCAUGUUAUUUUUACCAGGUAUUGCUAGUGGAUUACAAGAAAUUGCUAUGGGAAGUGAUAUUCAGGGACAUAAGAUUACAAUGAUGGCUAUCAAAGCAUGGGCUAGAAUAAUAUGUAUUGUAAUGCAAGAUACAGAUAAUGAAGAAAAUAUACCUUCAGUUAUUAGCUUUAAUAAGCAACAAACAAAUUCAAUUGAUCCAUUAGGAAAAAAAUUACGUCUUGAAGGAGCUGCUGGAAUUGAAAAGUUUCUAAAUUCUACUACAAGGAAUCAAGAGUGGCUGAAUGCCGCAGCUGUUAAAUUAAACAUACUUAUACAAGCAAUGGGUUCUUUAAGAAAACAUUCACAUUAUAAAGUCAGAAAAGAAUUAGCUACGAGUAUUACUUUAUUAAUUACAAUGUGUGCCAGAAAUAUGAAACCAAGCAUUAUGGAGUUAAUAGAAUAUUUGAUUUCCUUAUCUGAAGAUGACAACGAAGAAGUCAAAGAAGAAGCUAAAAAAGCACUAGAUAAAGUUAAUGAAUCUUACAUGCAAAAUAUAGAUAUGAGACCAUUGAUUGAAUUAUUAGAAGAAAGUUUUUACAAGUUACUUACACAAUUGCCACGUAUCGUAAGAAGUUCUGAUGAUAGUGAACAACUAGUAGGUUUAAAUCACCUCUGUGGAUAUUUACGAUUAUUAGGAAAAGAAAGAUUGCCUACUACUAUACAAUCAGCGGCACACGUACAGAGAUUGUUACAGGCUCUUUUAUACAUGAUUGAAAUAGAUUGCAGUGAUAUUACUCUUUUAGAAGAUAUUGGUGUAAAAGAUCUUGAUAAUUUGACUCAUCACAGCCAAACACAUUCAUGGAGACAAUUUAAGUUUAUUCAGGAUAUUUGUUGUAAAGAAAAAAUUUUUACAAUAUGUCAGCUUCUGGGAACAUACAGUGAUUUAAGAAUUUUAGUUGAUAAUAUUCUUCAAGCUAUGUAUAAUGUAUCUCAACAUAGAAAAGAAUUAAUAUUUCUACUUAAUUCCAUAGUAAAUGUUCCUAUUAAAAAUACAUCAACAUUGUCCUUAUAUAAGGAAAUAAUUGAAUUUUAUACUACAGAAGAUUUUUGGUAUUUACCUCUCGAAGUUACAGAGGAUAUACCAUUAUGUGUUGCACAGAAUAAUGUAGUACAAUGUUGCCUUUUAACAGAAGGUUUAGGACAAAUUGCAAAGAAUUUAGAAGACAAUUAUGAAAGUUUUCUACUUAAGACUUUAUAUUUAAUUAUUGAAAGAGCAGGAAGUCCAAAUAGUCUUUUAAGUUAUGUAGGAAUUCAAACUCUACAAAAUAUUGCAGAAUCACAAAAACAUAAAACAAUAGGAGAUCUUUUACGUGUUAAUGUCGAUUAUUUCUCUUAUCAUGUUACUGUUAAAUUACGUAGAUUAGAAAGAAAUCCAGGAGUCCUUGAUGUUGUUGGAGUUGUGAUGAAAUAUAGUUCUAUGGAUGUAUUACCAUGUUUAAAAGAAAUUGUACAAGAUGUUCUUCUGCAGUUAAAUACUGUCUUUCAAAAACGAAAUACGUAUUCUUUUUUAAAAGUUUUUUAUAUAUUUAUAAUGUAUAUAAAGAGAUUAGUAUCAGACUCAAAUACAUAUGUAACAGUAGCAUCACCUACAUUAACACAAAAAGAUUCUGCAGAGAUUAUUAUACAAAAUUUAUUAGAAUAUUAUGAAGCAAAAAAAGCAAAUGAAAAAAUUGACCAAAAUUUUAAUGAUGCAAAUACGGACAUACAAAAUACAGAAAUACACAGUGUAGAAUCUGAAAUCAAUCCGAUAUCUCUGGAGGAAGAAGAGAAUAAUAAAUCUUUACCAAUACAUAUACAAAUGAUUGAAGAUGUUUUGAAAAGAUGCUUACAUUUUCUACCUUCAAAAGAUAUAAAACAAUCACUCAUUGCUAUGUUAACUUUAGAGGAAGCUUUACCAAUUUUAAUCAAAUGGGAAAAUCAAUUAUUACCAAUUGUACAUCAACUUUGGCAUCCAUUAGUAGACAGAUUUCAAGAUCAAAAUGUACUUGUUAUUAAUCGUGCAUGGCAAUUAUUUUGUGUACUUGCACAUAUUUCUAAAGAUUUCAUUAGGUGCAGAACAUUAAAACAAAUACUGCCGGCAUUAUCAAAGUUUUUGAAUAAAUCUGCUAAAGAAAGCUAUAAUAAGCCCAUUGAUGCAGUUUAUAAGUUCACACAAAUGUACAAACUUCAAAGAAAAUUGAUAUCUACAUUGAGCCAAAUUGUAAAAGAUCUUAAACUUCGUGAGAAGGAUGUAUGGAAUGUAUUGAGUAUAACAGAACCAUAUCUCAGUUCACAUCAACAUCCGCUAUUACAAAAUUGUUGCGUAAAUAUGUAUAAAGAACUUGCUAAUUAUAAUAGCGAUAUUGUUUGGGUGAAAUGUCUUAGUAUUUGGCAUUCUAAAAUAGCAAAAAUUCCAACCAAUAAAACGUUCAAUUUGGAAUACUUAAAGAUUACAGAAAAUGCUAUACCAAAUGAAUAUUUCAAAAAUGUAAGAAUAAUAAUUACAUAUAUCCAAGAAAAAAUCUAGUCAAACAUAGGAGAUAAUAAAAAGUUAUUUCUAAAUAUAAGAAUAUAAUUGAUAAAAUAAAUAUGUAUAUACUCGCAAACUUAUACCGGAAACUACUACGAAAAAUAUUUUCCAUGUGACUAAAAGUCUUCUAGAAACAUGUAGGUGAUUUACAUUCAAUAAUCAUAAAUAACUACAAUAUAUAUGUAUGAAAUACACACUGCUAUUAUUAUAAGAAAGCUACAUCUCUUCAAGUUUCUGAAGUGGAAUGUGCUCGAACUUAUUUUAUUAUUUAAAUUUGUAUACUUAAGAAAUAUUCACAUACAUGCGGAAUAAGAUUUAAUACCAUCAUUAUCAUGGACUUGUGAAAAGAAAUAAAAUAAUAAUUAUGUUAACAAAA